UGUCAAAGAUUGGUUGUCGUCAGUUUUGUAAAUAGUAAACGGCUAAUAAAUUAGAAAAUUAGAAUAGGAAGUUUUAGAAUUUAUUUAGUACUACCCUACGACUAACCAGUUGGUUUCCUGCUUUUCUAUUAAUCUUAGUUUGGAUUAACAAAAUAUAUCAGUAUAAAAUUAAUGACUAGUUAUUCCUGGGUUAGUUUAUAACUUAUUCAAUUCAUUCAGAAAAUGGAUCAGGUAACUAAAGCCAAAAUUGACCAAGCAUGCAGAACGGCUGAAGAAUUUACGAAACUUUAUUAUGAAACCAUAGAUAAAAGACGACAUUUAAUGUCUAGACUUUAUUUGGAUACAGGACUAUUAGCAUGGAAUGGAAAUGGAAUUACUGGGAACGAAAGUAUACAAAAGUUUGUAAUUGAUUUACCUUCUACAGAUCAUGUAGUGAACACUUUAGAUGCUCAGCCGAUACUGGAUUCUGCUGUAAGUGGGCAAUUAACGUUUAUGAUUCAAGUAAGUGGUUCUGUGAAGUACCAAGAUAAAACUCCGAAGACAUUCCAGCAAACCUUUAUAGUGACUGCGCAGGGCGAUAAAUGGAAAAUAGUUAGUGAUUGUUUCAGAAUACAAGAAUCUCUGAAUAAGUAGGACUAAUAUUGCUUUUUUGAAAGGACUUUAAUACUUUUUAGUUGUAUGAACCUAAAAAUUAAUAAAUUUUUUCUUAGUUA